UAAGAAAAGCCAUCGUUAGAAAAGCCAUCGUAAGAAAAGCCAUCGUAACAAAAGCCAUCGUUAGAAAACCAUCGUAAGAAAAGCCAUCGUAAGAAAAGCCAUCGUAAGAAAAGCCAUCGUAAGAAAAGCCAUCGUAAGAAAAGCCAUCGUAAGAAAAGCCUCGCCCAGCGUUGCAGAAACGCGAUAAGAACUCGUCCAUGAGUGACCUUGUUGUCUGAUAUAAAACGGUCAGUGACUGAGAGGCUGCAUCAGUUCCCUCUGAAACCACCGCAAUCACCAUGAACACCAAGGUCUUCAUCCUCCUCGGUCUCGCAGCCAUUGCUGCUGCAGACAGCUUCGAAUCCUUCGAAUACAGGCCACCACGUAGGGACUCUCAUUCCUUCGAGUCCUACGAGUCCGGUGAGGCCAAGUACGACUUCAACUGGGCUGUCGAUCACGACCCUUCAAGCAACGAGUUCGGACACCAGGAGGCCCGCGACGGCGACCACACUCAGGGAUCCUACUACGUGCAGCUCCCCGACGGCCGCCUGCAGACCGUCAAGUACUUCGUGGACGGCGACUCCGGCUACGUGGCUGAGGUCAACUACGAGGGCGAUGCCUCCUUCGAAUCUGGUUCCGACGAAUCUCGGGAAUACAGAUACAGAUACGACUCCAACGAGUCCAAGUAAACCACUAACCGAAGCUGACUUGUGAUAUUUGUUGAUGACAACUGCAGAGCUUAGUAUUUAUAUGCAAAUAUUUAUUAAAGAGUUUAAAUGAUAUAAAGCUAUUGUUUCA